AUGAACAUGUUUGUUAUGAUUUUUCUUUCCAUCAUUUCACUAAUCUGCGUCUCGUCGCUAGAAGCUUGCCCUAAAUGUGGCAACAUGGAUGUUCCAUACCCCCUUAGCACCGACGAAAGCUGUGGAAACCCUAAGUACAGAGUCUACUGCAACAAUGGCAACCUAGAAUUCUUAUCAGCCACAGGAUUUUACUACAAAAUCCUCAGCACCAAUCCAAGUGCUUAUAAGCUCAUUAUAAGCCCACCCUCGAUACAAGAAAACACUUGCCAGUCUUCUGAUCUCACUUUAGGAGGCCUCAGCCUAGAUGAGGAGUCUCCCUUCAACAUUUCUACUCGCAACACUGUCAUGUUACUGAACUGCUCUAAAAACAUUCUCUUGUCGCCAUUAAAUUGUUCUUCGAACAGCCUUUGCAGGCUCUUUGAAGACAAGGUAGUAAUGGGUAGAGGUUGUAAGAACACACUAUGCUGCACUUACCUUAAAGAUGCAUCCAUGACUUCGCAUAGAAUCAGGAUCAGGGUUGGAGGCUGCAGUGCUUACACAUCUAUCGUGGACAUCAAGUCGGAGUCACCUGAAUCUUGGAACUAUGGCGUCGAGCUGCAAUGGUUGCCUCCUAACUGA